CUGGAGAGUGCAUGGUAGGAAGUGGCGUAGAUUCCGGAAGUGAUCCGGAAAUGGAGGAUGAAGUGUUUGACGCGGACGAAGGCGGGAAUGGAAAUAAUGAAUGGAGUAUAGUAGAAAAUCGAAAAAGAAAGAAAAGCUGGAGUAACGCAUCUGCAACUGACAGUGAAAAUGGAACACAUCUGACAAGAAGAAGGAAGGAAGAGUAUAAGAUCAGUAGGUGGCGGUAAUGCACCUUUUUCGCUGGUUUGCCAAACCGCCAUAAAACACCAGAAGAAGAAGAAGAAGGGUUCUUCGCUGGAGGUGACAUUCAUUGAAGGGCCGGUUUGUGAAGAGAAGCGGCGAAUAAACCUUCACAGUCACAGAAAUCAUGGCCCAGGCGGUACAGAAACUUGUGGCUAAAGUGCCAACGUUGGUCGGUGCCGCUGUGAACUACUCCAAGCCCCGGCUAGCCACAUUCUGGUAUUACGCCCGUGUGGAGCUGGUGCCUCCAACCCCUGCCGAGAUCCCCAAGGCCAUCAGCGGCGUCCAGGAUCUCCUCAAGGGCUUCCAGUCUGGACGGCUCGGUCAGACCACAGUAAGGGAUGCUCUGAGGAACGGACUCGUUGCCACAGAGGUUCUGAUGUGGUUCUACAUCGGCGAGAUCAUUGGGAAGAGAGGCCUUAUUGGCUAUGAUGUAUAAAUGUGGACUGUCCUGUUUGCUUGUUCUCUUUGCUGAGCUUUGUCUGUUUUCUUUAUCAGAUUCUUGGAAUCCAGGAACUAAAUAAAUAAAUAUUAUUAAAGAAA